GAGUUUUAUAUGUUUGCCAAUAGAUGGCAGGCAAGGUUUCCUUGGUUGAGGCAUCCGGGAACUUUACCAUAGUAGACAUGGCGGGUAUUAACUUGCGUGAAUGACGGAGAUAGUAAUAGAAAUAUUGCCAGGAUACUGUGUAUUUGUGUAUUCUGUGAGUUGUAAACGCAGUUUGAUGUAAUUUAGAAAUUAGUACACUUAAAAAUGCAGAAUGUAGCACAAGGAUCCACGUCAGAUAACCAAAAACUUGAAAAAGUGAAUGUACAGCACGAUAUAGGGAAAUCGUCGACUCCCAUAUCUUCUAACUCGAGCCCAACGAAAUCUGAAACGGAGACGUAUUCAGAACUGCAGCCGAGAUUUAUGACUGAUUCGUCAGAAAGCGAGGAGGACGACGUUUCUGAGGUUGAAUCGUUUGUUAUCGAUCAAGCGGAGUUGGACGAAGAGACACGCUUGGAAACCUCAAAGUUCCUGUCUCCUGAAGAGACAAUAGAGCCAUCUGUGGACCCAGAAACUCAAGCACGGCUCGAAGCUCUUCUUGAAGCAGCAGGUAUUGGAAAAUUAUCUGCAGGAGAUGGGAAACAUCUAGCAGAUCCGGAGGUCUUGCGGCGCUUGACUUCUAGUGUAUCUUGCGCAUUGGACGAGGCAGCAGCUGCCCUAACACGUAUGAGGAGUGAAAACCCACGCCAGCAACCUGAAAGGUCACUAGUUGAGGCUUGUACUGACGGAGACGUUGGAACAGUACGCAAACUGCUGACAGAAGGGAGAAGUGUCCACGAGACGACGGAAGAGGGGGAGAGCUUGCUCUCAUUGGCGUGUUCGGCCGGUUACUACGAGCUAGCUCAGGUGUUACUGGCCAUGCAUGCCAAUGUAGAGGAUCGAGGGAUCAAGGGUGACUGCACACCCUUGAUGGAAGCUGCAUCAGCGGGUCAUGUAGAUAUAGUGAGAUUACUCAUUGCACACUCUGCUGAUGUGAAUGCCCAGUCAUCGUCAGGCAACACACCUUUAAUGUAUGCUUGUGCUGGAGGCCAUGAAGAAGUGGUAAGGACACUUCUUGAAAACUCUGCUAAUGUUGAAGAUCAUAAUGAAAAUGGCCAUACUCCCCUGAUGGAAGCAGCCAGUGCGGGUCAUGUUGGUGUUGCAAGGAUUCUGUUGGAACAUGGUGCAGGAAUCAAUACCCACUCCAAUGAGUUUAAGGAAUCAGCACUGACUCUUGCCUGCUAUAAGGGACAUUUAGACAUGGUGCGGUUUUUGCUGGAAGCUGGAGCUGAUCAGGAACAUAAAACUGAUGAGAUGCAUACAGCUCUCAUGGAAGCUUCUAUGGAUGGUCAUGUGGAAGUUGCCAGAUUACUCCUUGAUUCUGGGGCACAGGUAAACAUGCCCACAGACAGCUUUGAGUCGCCUUUGACUCUUGCAGCCUGCGGUGGUCAUGUAGAUUUAGCAAUGCUCCUAAUUGAAAGGGGUGCGAACAUUGAAGAAGUGAAUGAUGAGGGCUACACACCACUAAUGGAAGCUGCACGUGAGGGACAUGAAGAAAUGGUUGCACUCCUGCUUAGUCAAGGUGCCAAUAUCAAUGCACAGACUGAAGAGACUCAGGAAACAGCUCUAACUUUGGCCUGUUGUGGAGGGUUCACGGAAGUUGCAGACUUCCUUCUCAAAGCAGGUGCAGACAUUGAAUUGGGAGCCUCAACUCCACUUAUGGAAGCUGCGCAGGAAGGCCACCUAGAACUGGUCAAGUUCCUUUUGGAAAACAAUGCUGAUGUGCAUGCUCAGACACAGACAGGAGAUACAGCUCUCACGUACGCCUGUGAGAAUGGCCAUACUGAUGUGGCAGAACUCUUGCUUCAGUAUGGUGCAGAUUUGGAGCAUGAAUCAGAAGGUGGUCGAACUCCACUUAUGAAGGCUUGUCGUGCUGGACACAUGUGCACAGUACAGUUCCUCAUUUCAAAACAUGCAGAUGUCAAUCGUCAGACUACAAAUAAUGACCAUACCCCUCUGUCAUUGGCCUGUGCUGGAGGACAUCUAGCAGUUGUGGAGCUGCUGUUAGCACAAUCAGCUGAUCCUUUUCAUAAAUUGAAGGACAACUCAACAAUGCUGAUUGAGGCAGCAAAAGGUGGUCACACCAAUGUGGUUCAGUUGUUGCUGGAUUAUCCCCAUUCCAUCAUGAUGAGUACCCCCCAUCCACACAGUGUGCCAACAUCAAGUGGAGCUGUUCAAGGCAGUGGUGUUGGUGUGGUUGGGACGAUAGCAGAUUCUGGUGGAGGGGUCAUCGAAGUGCCUCCACCUAAUAUACACCCUGUGGCACCAACACCAUCAUCAGGGGCAGCAAAAAUUACUGCAAGCCAGGCUGGGCGACUCGUAGAACAUCUUGCGCAGCAAAAACACAAUACUCAAAAAUCAUUGUUGAGAAAAAGUCGUUCUUCUGCCAUGAUGAAUGACAGUAGUCUCACCUCAGCAGAAGUCCAGCAGGUACGAAAUCAGCCUCUUGGAGAUGGUUCCAGCAGCAGUGCUGGUGUUGGAGUUCUGUCAAAAGAUGAGCCUAAUAUUUUAGACAAAGGGAGUACACCUGCUCUAGUGGAUGUUGAGAAGGCUUGGAAGCAGCAUGCAGCUAGGGAGGAUCAGAUACUACAGAAACAACAAAUUCUGGAAGAACUUCAGAGGGUUGAAAGAGAAUUACAAGAAAAAGGUCCCAAUCAGCUGCUGUUGCCAGAUGGCAGCCUUGGGCUUACAAGUGCUUCUGUGAUACCUGUGGCUCAACCCCUUGGGCUGAACAUCGAUCUCAGUCCACAGCCAUUGGCAACUCAAGGUAUGGUUUGUGCAUCAGGUGUCUCAGGGACACUAUUCCAUCAGGGGCCGAAUAAUACCAUCUCUGUGCAUAAUGCAUUUUAUACGGGUGGCAGCCAGCCAUUAGCAGGUAGUUGCCAACAGCCACAACAAGCCCAGCAGCAGCAGCAGCAGCAGCAGCAACAGCAGCAGCAGCAGCAGAAGUCUUUGACUCUGGUAGCAACAGGUCGUGAUGGGGGCUUCAUAGCUACUUCUGGUCCUUAUCCCCCACCACCUCCUGCUGCACAACCUCAGUCACAGCCACCGCCUCCACCGCAGCAACAACCUGCAUCAACUGUUCCUCAGCAGCAGCAGACAAUCUCUGCAAGCUCAGAUGUUGUUCAGUCCACAGCCAUAAGUGACCGGCCUAAAGCAAAACCUGUCUCAAAGAAGGAAGUGAAGAACCUCCGUAAGCAGCAGCAACAGGCAUACCAAGCAGCUAUGCAGCAUCACCAGCAGCAACAGCAGAUGAUGCAGCAGCAGCAACAACAACAAAAACAGCAGCAGCAGCAGCAGCAGCAGCCUCCACCACCACCACCUCCGCAGAUACAGCAGCAGCAACAGCAACAGCAACAACUGCAGCAGCAACAGCAACAGCAACAACUGCAGCAACAACUGCAGCAGCAGCAGCAGCAGCAACAGCUGCAGCUGCAGCAGCAGCAACAGCAACAACUGCAGCAGCAGCAGCUGCAGACACAACAGUUGCAGCAGCAGCAGCAAGUCCAACAUCAGCCACAGACAACCACCCAACAAAAACAUGUUCAUUUCCAUAAUAUGAACUUCAGUCACCAACUUCAAACUACGGCUGAACAAGCACUGCAUGAGCAGCAGCAGGAGCAGCAGCAGUCGCAGCAGCAGCAGCAGCAGCAGCAGCAGUCACAGCAGCAGUCGCAGCAGCAGCAACAGCAGCAGUCACAGCAGCAGCAGCAGCAGCAGCAGUCGCAGCAGCAGCCGCCGCUAUCGCCACACUCCAUAUUGAAGAACAGUCUGCAACCAACCUCAUUGUUGGCACCUCAUGUAAUGGUGCAGUUGACACAGUUAGAUCCUGGCAUGGUGCCAACAACUCCCCAGCAACUAAACCAGGUGUUGCAACAAAAGCAACAGCUACGUACCUUACAACAACAGAUACUGCCACAACCUGGUAUGGAGCACACAGAUCUGUCUGGUCUGUUGUCGGACCAACAGCAGCAUUGUCCAAUACUUGCUGCAGCUGCAGAAGAAGCACUGGCAUUAGUGGAUAAGGCCUCAAAGCUUCAAUCUAGGCUUGAAAUUGAUGGUGAUUUCAGCAUUGAUGCUGUUGACAUAGCUGCAGCAUUCGCUGCUGGUGUGGCUGCUGGUGCUGCAGCUAGUUCCGGUGAUCGUGAGGAUCUUAAACUUCCGGUGCCAAGUAGCCAGACUGCAGCUCAAGGACAACAGUAUUCAGCAACCCAGAUGGAUGAGGCCAUCUCAGUUAUGUCCCAAGGACCUGUACAAGUUGGAACUACGCAGACGGAUGUUGCAAGAGUUGAAUAUUACGUACCUUCCACUGCUGCCCAGAUACCAGGACUGCAGGUGCAGCAUGGGUCUGGGCUGCACCUGCAGUAUCAACAGUAUCAGCUCACAACUGGUCUUCACGUGGCAACAAGUGGUGUCCAGUCACUCGAAGUCACUGGCGGGAUCCAGAUUACAGGGUCAGCUGCAACUCCUCUGCAGACAACGCAAAUACUAAAUCCCAGAUUAGGUUCUGCCUUUCAGUCACAACUGCUGUUGCAGACACCACAACUAGCUUUUCCAGGACAAGCACUGCCUCCACCAGAAUCUGGGUCAGAAGUUUCUGUGAGUUCGGGCCAGUUGCAAACUCAAGCUCAACAACAGGCACAGGCAUCUCAGCAGCUACAACAGCAACAGCAGCAGCAGCACCACCAUCACCACCACCAUCACCAUCAACCACAAACGCAGCAGCAGCAGCAGCAGCAGCAAAUACCAUCACCCCAACAACAGCAGCAACCUCCACCACCACAGCAGCAACAGCAACACCAUUCACAGCCAUAUGUGCUGCAGCAGCAGUGCUCUGCAGUGCAGGUCCAAGUUGCAACACAGACGCAGGCUACAAAUGACAAAAAAGCAAGUGUUGCAUCAAUUUCUGUGCCUGUAUCCACAACUGCUCCUGCUACUGCUGUUGCUGCUGCUCCCCCUCAGACAACAACAGGGAAAGGCAAGAAGUUAAGAUAUCCCCUCACAUUACGCCAGCCACCAAAUCAGCAAGGAACUGCAGCUGCUCCAGCAUUUAGUUCGCAGAAUAUAAACUCCAGUCUAGAAUGGUUUGAGAAAGGUGAGGUUGUGGCGCAAGAGUGUAAUGGUGCGUGUGUUUCGGGAGUAGCUGCAGCUUCAACAGCUAUGGGGUCAAGAACAGCUUCUGGGGGCACACCUCAGUGCCCCCAAGCCCCUUUCUCCUGUAUGGAUGUUGAUUCAGAGACUGAUAGUAACCAUGAUACAGCACUAACGCUAGCCUGUGCCGGUGGUCAUGAGGAACUUGUUGAACUGCUGCUUUCACGUGGAGCUGAUAUAGAACACAGAGAUAAGAAAGGAUUCACACCAUUAAUUUUGGCAGCCACAGCAGGACAUGAAAAAGUAGUAGAAAUACUGUUAAAUCAUGGUGCAGAGAUAGAAGCCCAGUCGGAGAGAACUAAGGAUACACCACUCUCUCUUGCCUGUUCAGGAGGUCGUUACGAGGUCGUGGAAUUAUUAUUACAAAGAAAUGCUAAUAAAGAACACCGUAAUGUCUCAGACUAUACGCCACUAAGUUUGGCGGCAUCUGGUGGAUAUGUUAAUAUAAUUAAGCUCCUUUUGGCGCAUGGAGCAGAAAUAAACUCUCGCACAGGUAGCAAGCUAGGCAUAUCUCCUCUCAUGUUGGCUGCAAUGAAUGGCCAUACUGCUGCGGUAAAACUACUGCUUGACAUGGGGAGUGACAUCAAUGCUCAAAUUGAGACUAAUCGCAACACAGCCCUCACACUAGCAUGUUUCCAAGGACGACAUGAAGUGGUGAGUCUUUUGCUGGAUCGCAAGGCAAAUGUUGAGCAUCGAGCAAAGACAGGUUUAACACCACUAAUGGAAGCUGCAAGUGGUGGCUAUGUCGAAGUUGGUCGUGUCCUACUGGACAAGGGUGCUGAUGUAAAUGCACCACCUGUGCCUUCAUCACGUGAUACAGCACUGACAAUAGCUGCCGACAAGGGUCAUUGUCGGUUUGUGGAACUUCUACUUUCAAGAGGUGCUCAGGUUGAAGUGAAGAACAAGAAGGGCAACUCGCCACUCUGGUUAGCAGCAAACGGUGGACACUUAAAUGUCGUUGAGCUGUUAUACAAUGCUGGUGCAGACAUUGAUUCUCAGGAUAACAGGAAAGUUUCUUGUCUGAUGGCAGCCUUCCGGAAAGGUCACAUGAAAGUUGUAAAAUGGAUGGUCAAUCAUGUAACUCAGUUCCCAAGUGAUCAAGAAAUGACUAGAUACAUUUCAACUGUCAGUGACAAGGAGCUGUUAGAAAAGUGCCAAGACUGUGUGAAGAUCAUUCGAGCAGCAAAAGACCAACAAGCAGCCAAAGCAAACAAAAAUGCCAGCAUCUUAUUGGAAGAACUCGACAUGGAAAAAACUAGAGAAGAAUCAAAGAAGGCAGCCGCAGCUCGAAGGCGAGAACGGAAGAAGAAGAAGAAACUUGAGAAGAAAGAAGAAAAGCGGAAGCUUCAUGAAGAAAACAAGAAGAAUGAAAUUCUGUACCAAGAAAAUGAACAAACAACAAAAAAAGAUGAUGAGGAGGAGGAGGAAACUGAGAGACCUGAAGAGAAUGAAGCAGAAGAUUUGGGUGCCCAAUGUUGUGAUGACAAUGUUGGUACAGAUAGUCCAGUACGCAAUGGUGAUGUACUAGACAAAGAAGAGGGAGACAGUGGUAUCGAUGCAAAUAGCCAAGGAAGUUGCAGCAGCAAUGAUGUUAAAUCAAAAGAGAAACGAAAAGAUAAGAAGAAGAAGAAAGGCCCUAGUGCAAGUACAUCGACAUCCCCAAGUGGGGGAAGUGGCAGUAGCAAUAACAGCAAUGCAAAGCCUCCUGAAAAGGAGCCAGCACUACAUCCUCCUGGAUCAGCUCACUUGGAGGCAACCUCUUCUCGCCCAUCCGUUAGUAGUUCAACCAAGACUCGUGAACAGCCUAGCUUGUCGUCAGUUUCUGGCUCUGCAACUGACAAUAAAGAUCGUAAAGAAGCCACAGCUCAAGAUUCCAAAUCUGCUACCCGCAGUAGCCAACAAGGUGAACGGAAAAUUAAAGGUCAUCUAGUAUUUGAGGCUUCUAGGCCACAUCCUGCUGAGAGGGAGGAUUUUGAAGCAACUGGCAACGAAACAUAUGUGCCUGCUAGUAAAGGGAAGAAAAAUUCUUAUAUGAAUCAUUACUGUGAUGCUGAGUCAAGUCUGAGCAGCAACAAAAGUGGUAUGAGCACCACAAGUCCAAAACAGAGUGGCAAGCGGGAGGAAGGGUGGAAAGAAGUUGUCCGGAAGUAUCUAAAUUCCCCAUUUAGGUCCAAGAAGGUUUCUGUGCCCUUGAAUGCCAUCAGUCGGGUCAUUGGCAGAGGUGGAAGCAACAUCAAUGCCAUCCGUGGUGCUACUGGAGCACACAUUGAAGUGGAGAAACAGAGCAAAGGCCAAGGCGAAAGGAUAAUUACAAUAAAAGGUUCUGCUGAAGCAACAAGACAGGCACAUACUCUUAUUGCUGCUUUGAUCAAGGAUCCUGAUGUGGAUAUAUUGCAAAUGCUUCCAAAGUCGGCAAAGCUGUCAGUUGUAUCCAUGUCUUCAUGGGACAAAUCAGCAAUGGCACCAAAGUCAAAAACUGCAUCUGCCAAGUCUGGUGGGUCUGUGACGCUGCAAGGAACAUCAAUUCUUGGAACAGGGCCGUCUUCAUUGCUCAGCAAGCCAGUACCUGCAGUUGUAGGUGCACCGGUACCACUGUUCACUUCUUUGCGGUCAGCACCAGCUUCAAAAUUAAGUGGAUCAUUUCCUCCUCCAGUAACAAGAGGGACAGCUCCACGCCAUGUUGCAGCAGCAGAGAAACGUGCAGCUGCGGCUGCAGCUGCUGCUGCAGCUCAGAUGGCUGCGGCUUCAAAUACAAAAACUACAAUGUCAUAUACCUCAGCCAUCAUGACAUCGGGCCGCACAUCAAAAGCAGCUAGUAGCAGUACACCACCGACAUUUGCAGCAAAACUAACAGAGGCACCACCACUGCAGGUUCCUGGAGGCCUUCCAAGUUCAACAAAGUUAUCUCGGGUGGUAUCUCAGCCUACUUCAUUACCGGCAGCAAGCCAAACUUCUAUAUUGCUGCAGCAGCAACAGCACCACCAUCACCACCAACAGCAGCAGCAGCAGCAAGCUGCUUCUCCAAAACAUCAUAGGCCUUCCACUCAGCAGUCAACAACAGCAACAUCGACGACGAUGACUACUACUACUGCCACUACUACUGCCACCACAACUACCAGCACUAGUACCACUACCACUACCACUGCCACCAACACGAACACCACAACUUCAGCUUCCAGCUCUCAAGUACCUGGAGUUCCCCAACCAGGUGGUUUUCAGAUCACACCUGGUAAGGCACCAUUUCCAUCAGCAACCACACCAGCAACCAGUGCUUCAGUUUCGGCACCUGCUGCUAGUCAGCCUCAGGUGACAGUGGCCUCAACAACAGCUACUGCACGUGUUGGUACACCACAGCCACAGCAAGCAGUGUCAGUACAACAGUCACCACCACAGCAGCAGCAGCAGCAGCAGCAGAUGUCACAACAGUGUCAACAGCAACAAAACGUGACACAGAGUGGUCAGCAGCAGACUUCACUAGCACCUCCACCGCCCCCACCUCCAGCGACUCCGCAGCAGUCACAGAUACAUCAGCAGCAGGUAAUUUCUCAGCCUCAGCAGCAGCAGCCCCACCACCACCACCACCACCACCACCACCAACAGCAGCAGCAGCAGCAGCAGCAGCAACAACAACAGCAGCAGCAGCAGCAGCAGCAACAUCAGCAACAGCAACAACAGCACCAACAGCAGCAGCAACAUCAGCAGCAGCACCAUCACCACCAACAGCAACACCACCACCAGCAACAGCAGCAUCACCAUGUACAACAGCAACAGCAGCAGCAGCAGCAGCAACAACAAUCAUUGCAACAACAGUCAUCUCAGCAGCAGCCGCAACAGCAUCACCAUCACCACCACCACCACAACCAGCAACAGCAGCAGGCACAACACCAACACCACCAGCAGCAACAACACCAGAUUGUGCAACAGCAGUUGACACAAGCACAGCACCAACAAGCUCAGCCGCCAUCUCCAGAAACACAGCAGGUUUCUGUUGCAGCCCCAAAUGCUGCUCCACUUGAAUACUCUUUGUUCAAUGACAACUUCACAAAGGUGGCUCAGCAGUCAAUGUGGGGAAGAGACAGUGAAGCAACAAAAACCAUUAUGAAUUUUGCAAGUGUUGCAGCAACUGGUGGUGCCCCAGGAUCAGGAUCUAGCAGCUCUAGCACGAAGUUCCUUGAAAACGUCCCUCCUCAGGUUGAUGCUGCAAAGGCACCUGGCUAUCGCGGAAAUGCUGUAUGCUCCCCAGUUUCAUCAAAAACGAGCAGCAAUAGCACAACUCCACCAUCCCUCUCUGCUGCACCAGGACCACAGUACCAGAAUGCACCCACCUUUUCAGCAGAGUCUAUAGGGCCAUGUCUUAACCAUCCAAAUAAGCCACCCCAACAACAGGCUUCACCAGGUGGAGCUGGGGAUGCAGUAUUUGGUGCUGCACGCAGUGGUUUCCCAACAGCUGAACUUGCCCAACCUCGUGUCCCUCCAUCUCAUGACCAUGGUCCUGGACCUGCUAUUUUUGCAACUCCAGAACAGCAAACACAGCUUUUGAAAAUGGUUCCACCUGGACCAGGACCUGUUUCAGAACCUCAGUUGCUAGCUCCAUUUCAUCCUCAUCACCACCACCACCAUCAGCAGCAGCACCAUCAUCAUCAUGCUCCCCCUGUGACAACUGUGAGUAUGUCAAGACUCAAUCCCCGAGCUCCAGAUUUCAGCCUUCACCUUCCACCUGGUAAGGCUCAGCAACAGCAGCCACAACAGGCACCGCCACCAGGUGCAUUUGCUUCAGGAUAUCAUAAUAGAGCUCCACCACCUCCCUCAUCUGCUCCUGGGUUAGCUGCAGUUCUGCCUGGACUCUCUGGUGUUCCAUUUGCAGCACCUGGACCAGCAGGGAAACAGCCUCCUGGACCAUAUGGUGGCCAUGGUGCAGCUGGUGCUGGAGGAAAUCCACGGUGGCAGUUGUAUGGGCAGCCAUACCAUGGACCAGGACCACAUCAUCCUGCAGAUGUUGUUGGGCAGCUUGGCUUUCCUUCUGGUGCAAUAGCUCAUUUGGCUAGUCUAGCAGCUGGGCUCCCUGGCUCGGCAGACUUGCUUGCUGGUCUUGAAAAUGGAAGUGGUGGAUCGCCACCACCAUCACCUGCUGGAGGUGCAGGUGAUGGAAGAUCGACAGAAGACCGCAAAAUCCGGCCAAUAGGCACUGAACGUGCUAGCUGGAAGAACCUUGUCAAUAAUGUCGCUGGUGAUCCUGACUGGAUGCUAGGUGCAGCUGAGCCAAAGGUGUGGCCUGGACAUACCGUGGAUCGGGGUCAUCCACAACAGCAGCAGCAGCAACAGCAGCAGCAACAGCAACAACUUUUCAGAACUAAUCCAUCACAUUAUGGUCGUCUGCCUUCUGCUGAUGAUUUGCAGCAUAUGGUAGAAGCUCCUUUCCAGGCAGGACAUCCAGAGAACCAACACUCAUUCCAUAAUGGCAGUGGCACAGUAGCAGCCUUGUCGUUAAUGCAUCAUGGUCUUCCGCUGAUGCCACAAUUUGGAGUUGCUGGUGCAGGAGCAGGAGCUAGUGCAGAUAUGGAUGCUGUUAAAAUGGAAGCUCCCAGUUGGGGCUUGCAAGAUGUUCAGGAGAAGCCACAUCAAUGGCAUGCCAAAUGGAGUCAUUAAGGAAGAAAUUCAGCAUAAUGUUCAGACGUGAAGCUAGUUAAAGACGUAUAUCUUCUAAACAUGAACUUUUUUAUUAAAAAGAUCCAUCUGUAGCUUAUAAAAAUGCUUUGGUCUUUUCACCUAGUGUUUGGGAUACAGACCUCUGGUAGCUUAUUAGAAACCCCAAUCAGGAAACUCGUGCAAUUGAAAAUUCAUUUGGUUUCUAGGUAUUUUACUUUGACCCAGUCCAUGUUUUGCUAAUGGCUUGCCAAAACAGGCCACAUUUAUAGUUGACAUGCAUUAAAGCAAGUUCGCUUGUACCCAGUCUAUGGGUUUAUGUUGCACUUGUCAACUCGUGGCUCAAUGAUGGAACUUGUCCCUCUCUUAAUAUAUGAUUGUUGUGGGUGCCGCUGUAAUAUUGUAGCUAUGAGGCGCGUCGGAAAUUAGCGGUUAAUGAAUUCGGUGUAUAUAACUAUUUUGUGAACCAAGAGAUACUGUAGCUCAUCUUUCAAAAAUAAGUUCUUUGCAUGUUUCGUCCUUUAUUUGAUAAUUGCUUUGUAGUUUAAGAAAUAAAAGAAUACAGAUUUAUCUGCAAUGAAUUUUUUUCCUCUCUCUUCCCAUAGUUAUGUGAUAAGCAAAGAACUGUUCUUCAUUUUUUAUUUAGUAAGGGAACUGUUGGUCUUCAGUUUUCUGCAGUUUACCUAUACUGUCAAUCUAGUUUGGACAACAUGAGAAAAGGAAUAGAGAGUAAAUAAUAUAAAUAUGGUAGUAUUGCUGCAUAUAGAUUUGGCUGCUCUUGAAGCCUGGGUUAUGGAGUUUGUUCAAGUGUUCAUUUUAUGUAAUGAUGGAACAUUUGUGUUCUCCAAGCGUAUUUUGAUCGCAUUAUAAUAAAUAUAUACGUACGUACAUAUAUAUAAAUACAAGUGAGAAUGCAGAAAUGUAUUGGAAAAUAUUCUUUACCAAUUAAUGAUACAAAAGGAAAGGAGUUGACUAACAUUUCUUCCCUUUGUGUUUUGUUAAUCUCGUUUUGAAGGUGUAUUGCACACCUGUUCAUCUAUGAUGAUCAUGGGGCUCAGCCCACUUAAUUAUGAUGUUGAGCUGUGAGGCAGACUGUGUCCUUCAAGGUAUUGCCUUAUUGCACAAGUAGCCCUUGAAGGGAUUGUUGCCACACUUCCACAGAUGUAGGGAUAUUCAGUAAGUGGAUUAUGUAUAAUUGCUUGUACAUGAAGACUUAAAUAUAUCUUUAUGCACUGUGA